AUGGCGUCCGAGGGGAUCUUGUUAGGUAUGGGAAACCCGCUCCUCGACAUUUCUGCUGUUGUCGACGAUGAUUUCUUGCAAAAAUAUGACAUCAAGCUGAACAAUGCAAUUCUCGCCGAAGACAAGCACUUGCCUAUGUAUGAUGAAAUGGCUAGCAAGUAUACUGUAGAAUUCAUUGCUGGAGGUGCUACACAAAAUUCAAUCAGAGUUGCACAGUGGAUGCUCCAAAUUCCUGGUGCAACCAGCUAUAUUGGCUGCAUUGGGAAGGACAAGUUUGGAGAGGAGAUGAAGAAAAACUCAAAGGAAGCUGGUGUUAAUGUACAUUAUUAUGAGGAUGAGGCCGCUCCAACUGGAACAUGUGCUGUUUGUGUUGUUGGUGGUGAGAGGUCACUCAUUGCAAAUUUGUCUGCUGCAAAUUGUUACAAAUCUGAGCACUUGAAGAAGCCAGAAAAUUGGGCACUUGUUGAGAAGGCAAAAUAUUUCUACAUUGCUGGGUUUUUCCUUACCGUGUCUCCCGAAUCCAUUAUGCUUGUUGCUGAACAUGCAGCUACAAACAACAAGGUCUUCAUGAUGAACCUUUCUGCUCCAUUUAUCUGUGAGUUCUUCAAGGACGUGCAGGAGAAAGCUUUGCCUUAUAUGGAUUAUGUCUUUGGGAAUGAGACCGAAGCCAGAACCCUUGCCAAGGUUCAUGGAUGGGAGACUGAGAAUGUCGAGGAGAUUGCUCUAAAGAUUUCUCAAUGGCCUAAGGCAUCAGGGACACACAAGAGGAUUACUGUCAUUACUCAAGGUGCAGAUCCUGUUGUAGUUGCUGAGGAUGGGAAGGUGAAAUUAUUCCCUGUGAUAGUGUUACCCAAGGAGAAGCUUGUUGAUACCAAUGGAGCAGGUGACGCGUUCGUUGGUGGAUUUCUGUCACAGCUGGUACAAGAGAAGCCCAUUGAAGACUGCGUGAAAGCUGGUUGCUAUGCAGCAAAUGUCAUUAUCCAAAGGUCAGGCUGCACAUAUCCGGAAAAGCCCGAUUUCAGUUAG